CGAGUAGCGGCGGCGGCGGCGGAGCGUCGGAGGAAGAUGUCGGGCUGCGAGGCUCGCGACGCCAAGAAGUUGGUGCGCUCCCUCAGCGGGCUGCGCAUGGUGCCCGAGCACCGCUCCGCCCGCAGCCCCUUCGGCCUGGACGAGCCGCCCUGGGUGCCCGACAAAGAGUGCCCGAGAUGUAUGCAGUGCGAUACGAAAUUUGACUUCAUCACUAGAAAGCAUCACUGCCGAAGAUGUGGAAAGUGCUUCUGUGACAAGUGCUGCAGUAAAAAAGUGCCUCUGCCUCGCAUGUGCUUUGUGGACCCUGUGCGCCAGUGUGCUGAAUGUGCCCUCAUCUCACAGAAAGAAACAGAGUUCUAUGACAAACAGCUCAAAGUGCUCAUGAAUGGUGCGACGUUCUUUGUAACUCUGGGGACGUCGGACAAAUCGGAGCUCAUGGUCUGCCGGCUCUCCAACAAUCAGAGAUACCUGGUUUUGGAUGGAGACAGCCAUUACGAGAUUGAAAUUGUACAAAUCUCAACUGUUCAGAUACUGACAGAGGGAUUUACUCCUGGAGAAAAAGAUAUUCACACUUACACCAGCCUUCUGGAGAGCCAGCAUAUUACUGAAGGAGGCAAUACCCGUGCCAUAGGUAUGAUUCUGCAGUAUAAAGUACCAGGAGCAGAGGAGCUCACACAGAUGAAAUUUACGGCCAGUGAAGACUUCAGCUCUAACAAGAAGCUGUCAGCAAGCUGGCUGGCAGCUAUGCACAAGGCAACAAAACUUCUUUAUGAGUCUCGGGACCAGUAAGAAAUGACCAAACUGCUUGGGAGCAGACACCAGCCUCGGAGGACCUGCAUCUCACCUUGUGCUAGUCUGACAACUGGUUAACACUUUCUCUUGACUUUUUCUCAUUCCAGUGUGGUUCAUUAUGUAAGAACUGGCACAUACAAUGUAUUUCUGUUUUGAACCAUAAGUAUUCACUAUAGCGUGCAAUAUGUAUACAAUUAAUGCUUUAAACAGUCUCACCUUUUAAGACUUUGUAUAUUUUGUUAAACCUUUAUUGCCUUUAUUGGCACUUAAUAUGAAAUAUGAAAGUGACCUGCACUACAGCUAAUGUACAGCACAACUUUUGUAGUAACAAUUAUAUAUACUGUUUGCCACAGAAAGCAAACAAAGGUGUAUGUCUCUUCUGCAGAGAAUAGCUUUUGGGUAUAGAUCUCAGGUUUUUCCCUCUAUCCAAAUGUUUAAAAUCAGUGUACAAUAAAAUCUGCCUUAGAUGUGGUUUCAUAGAAUCCACUUGAUUUUUUUCUUAACAUAUUUCACCAAAUAUCACCAAAUUGGAAUUACAUGACCUUGAAACUUCCCUUCUGUAAUAACAAAGCUUCCAGAAUAAUUUUUAGUUUUGUAUUUUCUUUUUGGAAACUAGCUUUUGUUAAUCUAACUGUAAUGCUGUCUGGAAUUGUAUACAUUUUACUGUACAAAUAUGAAUAAAUUAAUUCACUUAUUUAAA